UGGUGGGGGGCGGAGCCAGCGGACUGCUGCACUGUCCAUGGUUGUGUAGUGGGAGCCAGAGAGGGUCCGGGUACGUGCGAGGAGAUGCGGCCAUAGUCACGCUGCACUGUCUAAAAUCAUAACCUGCUGGGAUCGUUAGCUUCGCAGCGCAUUAGAGCCUACUGAAAGCCUGUGGACGUGAGGCAUCAUGAGUGAGCAGCAGAGGCAGCGCUCUCUGUCCACCGCGGGUGAGUCUCUCUACCAUGUGUUGGGAGUUGAGAAGAUGGCCACGACGGACGAUAUAAAGAGAUCUUACAGGAAACUGGCGUUAAAGUUCCACCCUGACAAGAAUCCCGACAAUCCAGAGGCCGCAGAUAAGUUCAAGGAGAUAAACAACGCCCACGCCAUCCUGAAUGACCCCACGAAGCGUAACAUUUACGAUAAAUAUGGCUCUCUAGGCCUAUAUGUGGCCGAGCAGUUUGGAGAGGAGAAUGUUAACACUUACUUUGUCCUUUCUAGCUGGUGGGCAAAGGCUCUGUUUGUAUUGUGUGGCCUGGCCACUGGCUGUUACUUCUGUUGCUGCCUGUGUUGCUGCUGUAACUGCUGCUGUGGAAGAUGUAAACCACGGCCUCGAGAGGGCCAGGAGCAGGACUUUUAUGUGUCCCCUGAGGACCUGGAGGCUCAGCUGCAAUCUGAUGAGAGAGAGGCUGGUGGUGAACCUAUAGUGCUGCAGCCGUCAGCGACAGAGACAACCCAGUUAACAUCAGAUGGGCACCACUCCUACCGCACCGACCCCGGCUUCAACUAACCCUCCGUUCCCAUCGAUCCUGGCCUGCGGUCCUGCCUGCUUCCCUGCUCCACCUCAGUGAGAUGAACGAAAGGGGCAAAACAUCUUUCCACUUCAGAAAGAGAGCCAUGCGGAGGUGAAGGGGACUAGUAAGCAUGGCCCAUGAAAGGAACUAAUGAAUUCACAUCCCUUACACCUCCCUCCCUGAUCGGUCCGCUACGUAUUUCCCUGCCAGUACGAGAAGAAAUCCCUUUUAUUUCUUCUUUUGUAUCUCUCAGCCUUUACUCACACAGGUCGCCUGCCCUACCUUACCUUUCCCAUAGUUUGCAUUAUGGUGUAGCAUGCACUGUUUGGAAAAAAAAGGUCUCCACGUUUUCUUUAAUCCUUUGCAACAUUUUUACUUUGCAAAGCCCAUCAUACAGGUGCAGUUUUUUCAAAUGAGUACAGUACAUGAGGAGGGGAUAAAGUUUACCAGAUGUUUUAUGCUAAAGGAACAGAGAGCCAUGGCUCAGGGAGGUGCUGGUUGGAGAAGUGCUUGCUGGCUUAGGUGGUCGGUACCAUCAUCAAACCUCCAAGAACUAAGUUGUCAUAUAUAUUUACACUUUUCUCGUGUGAUUCGUAAUCGAUAUUCUUUCAGUUGAAAAUGCCAGCUGAUGUUGUCAGACCUGCAGCGUGGUCUUUAGUGUGCCCCCCACCAGAGUGUUUUUAAUGUCAAUCAUGAGGUUAUUAAGGCACAGAGCUUUAUUUGCAGACAGUUUGCUAUAGAUUUCUGCUGACGUUAGAGUUUCUGCUUUAGUUAGUAAUUUGCUUUGGCAUUUUCCUUCCUUCUGAAAGCCCCUCAUCGCAGGACAGACUACUUCCCCUUGUUUUUCCUGCAGCACUGAGCAGGUUGUUAUAAUUGUUACUUUACAUUAAUGCAUAUUGUCUUUUAAUGUAUUUUAAAUCAAAUAUGGCACAUUUCAACCCCAUGGUACAGUUCACUGUUGUUUCAUCAUAUCACCAGCUACAAAUUGACGAUGACACUGGAUACAUAAAGUUAAAAAAAAAAAAAAAAAUCAUACAUAACCAACAUGUUCUUAUCUCAAGGAGUGAUAUAAUGUUGUUUUGUCAGAUGCCAUAAAUGUUUCCAGGUUAAAGAUAAAAUGUCCUUUGGUGACAGUGCCUUAAUGCAAUGGCCAUAGUUAGUCCGUGAAAGUUAAUAGUCUGGUUUUAGACACCUAUGAAGUCUCUGUUAGGAGGCUGAAGGGGUGGAGGUGCAUAAGUUGUAGUUUUGUCAUGGAGGAGACCCUGGUUUGGUUCUUGUUUGAACUUAUGUAUCAUGGUUUACCAAGUUGAAAACCAAAAAGCAGAUUCAGAGAGCUUUAAUUUUAACAUAAAUGUAAGCAGUCCAACAGAGAGCAGCGAUUAGAGCACAGGGAGUCAUCUGCUUAUCUCGUAGAGAUGAGUUCACAGACUGGAGCACUGGAGAGAGCACUUUGGCAAUGAAUUCAUGUUAAAUGGGCUCUUUUAUGUGCAGGAGGUAAUGAGUUGAUGGGAAACAGGUACACCAACCUGCCGCUCAGCAAACAGGGGAGAGGACACACCUCUAGCUUGCUCGUGCACGGAAUCCUACCAGGGACUGAGAGAGGCCAUGGCACUUUGUGUUUUUCCUCUUUUAAUUUGUGCUUUCACUCAGUUAGGUUUAAGCCCUAAAACUACUUGGUUGGCCUCCCUUUAAAAUAGCAGCCUUGCAUGAUGAAGUUGGAAGUGACAGUUCUGUGUCACCAGUGCCAUAACCCGGUGCAUCGUGAGCUGCCACCAAAGGACACCUUGUGCAUAAAUGAGCCUCGGCUUUGACAAAACAGCGUUAUCUGACACCCGACUAAUGAGAAUGGGCAGAUGAAACAAUAACAUUUCAAUAAAUUGUAUUUAUUUUAUGGUGACACAUCCAGGCUCUUCUUCUCUUCUGUUUUCCUGUCCUUACCUAAGAUUUGUACUAAUAGUAAAACUAUUUUUUAGAGCUACUGCAGCUCACUAAGACUGAGAGACAUUUAUUUUAUGUUAGUUUUAUUUUUCUGCUACGUGAAGCCAAGGAGCUCCAGGUAAUCCAGCUGGCUCUGAUGAGAACUGCUAAAAGGUAGAAAUAACAGAUAUUUAUCAGCAGCAGUGCUGGUUAGGAGGAUGACAUGUUUUUAACUCUAGAUAAGGUUUAGGGAAAAAAACAUGUUACACUCUUCUGAGUUGUUAUUAUUAUAAAAAAAAUAAUUAGCAUGGAGGAUUUCUAUUUUCAACUCAUUCCUGUGUUUUGAACUGUCCGAUGACUUUGAUAUUUUGUCCGAUGCUGUGUGAUCGUUCCUCAUUGUCGACUUUUCUGAAUCCAUGCUCAUCAGGCAUAUCAUCUGUGAGCCAGUGCUACAGGCAGCUCAGAGUAAAAGAUUUUUACAUACUGCUGAAUUUGCAUAUAUUGCCACACAUUUUUGCCAUAAAUCGCCAUGAACAUCUUCGCCACUUUGUCAGUUUCAUGACUGCUAAUGAUGUGUUUUUAAUGGUUUACAAUUGGUGAGCUCCCGUUGCCCACCCUCUGCUAUUAACGGUAUGGAUGUUGACCUCUGUGGCCCUUGUAUCAUGUUUCCUGUAACCCUUGAUGAAACGUAGAUGUUCCUGUCAUGGCUUUUUCAUUGAGAUACUGAAAAAUGCUACUGUAAAUGUUCUAAGUUGAAUGCACUGUGUGUUUAAAAAAAAAUUGUAAUGGAUCAAUGAUCAGGAAAUGACUCCAUAAAAAGACAAUAUAGUAUAUAGUGUAACUAUAGUGAAAUGGUUAUAUGAUGCAUUUUUGGAAUUUUAUUUAUUUCAUACUUGGUCAUGUUUCAGAUGAUGAUCGAUUAUGAUUUUAACUGGUAUGGUGUUGUAAUGUAGCCAUUAAAUUUUGCAAGGAAUGGUUUAAUGGUUAAGGUCGCUUGUACAUACACUUGGCCCAUAUAAAGUAUAAACCUUAACAUUUAUGUUGUAGCAUGGUAACUGUGUGUCUGGAAGAAAACAAGUGGAUCAUUGAUCUCAUUUGCUCUUGGUGAAUAAAUGUUCCUCAACAUUU